AGCGGUGGAGGUGAAGACUGAGGAAGGAGUUUCUGUAUUUAAUUUUUACUCUUCUGUACUGUUUCAAUUAUUCCUGCUUGAUAAAGUACUUCUAUAAUAUAAAUUUUCAUAACAUAAAAUUAUGAGGAAAAUAGAGAUAAUAUUUUUUAAUAUAUUCAGCAAGGAAUAUAGCAGUGCAUUAUGAAAGCACUUGUUGUCCGUUACUUUUUUUAUGUUUCUUUUGCAGGUGAAAUCAUGGGACAGGGUUUGCCUUACCGAAUUGCUUCCUUUUGGGGACUGUUGCCCUUUUGGAUGCUGUGUGUGUCCUCUGCCAACAAAUGUGCCAUUAGACAUGAAGUAGCUGACUGUAGUCAUCUGAAAUUGACUCAAGUGCCAGAUGACCUCCCCACAAACAUAACGGUGCUGAACCUCACCCACAAUCAACUCCGAAGAUUACCACCUGCCAAUUUUACAAGAUACAGCCGACUUAUUGUCUUGGACGGAGGAUUUAACUCCAUCUCAAAACUGGAGUCAGAGCUGUGCCAGAAACUCCCCUUGUUGAAGGUAUUGAACCUCCAACACAAUGAGCUGUCCCACCUUUCUGACAAAACGUUUUUUUCCUGCGUGAAUUUGAUGGAACUCCAUUUAACGUCCAACUCAAUACAGAAAAUUCAAAACAAUCCCUUUAAAAACCUACAGAACUUAAUCAAAUUAGAUCUAGCUCAUAAUGGUUUAUCAUCUACAAAAUUAGGAACUGGACUCCAGCUGGAAAAUCUCCAAGAGCUUUUACUGUCAAAUAAUAAAAUUCAUGCCUUAAGACGUGAAGAACUUGAUUUCCUUGGCAAUUCUUCUUUAAAAAAAUUAGACUUGUCAUCAAAUCAAAUUAAAGAGUUCUCUCCAGGGUGUUUUCAUGCAAUCGGAAAAUUAUACGGCCUUUUUCUGAGCAACGUCCAGCUGGGCCCCGGUCUCACGGAGAAGCUUUGUUUGGAAUUAUCAAACUCCAGCAUUCAGAGCCUAUAUCUGAGCAACAUCCAGCUCUACAGAACGAGCAAUAUGACAUUUUUUGGACUGAAGCAGACAAAUCUCACCAAGCUCGAUCUUUCCCAUAACAGUUUAAGUAUGAUCGCUAACGAUUCCUUUGCCUGGCUUCCACGUUUGGAAUAUUUCACCCUGGAGUAUAAUAAUAUAGAGCAUUUGUCUUCUCGCUGCUUUUAUGGGCUGUUCAGUGUGAGAUACCUGAAUUUAAAACGAUCUUUUACGAAACAAAGUAAUUCCCUUGCUUCACUUCCCAAGAUUGAUGACUUUUCCUUUCAGUGGCUAAAAUGUUUGGAGUACCUUAACAUGGAAGAUAACGAUUUUCCAGGCAUAAAAAGCAAUACGUUCACAGGAUUGAUACGUCUGCAAUACUUAAGUCUCUCCAGCUCCUUUACGAGUUUGCGAACUUUAACAAAUGAAACAUUUUUAUCACUUGCGCGUUCUCCUUUACUCGUACUCAACCUAACCAGAAAUAAAAUCUCAAAAAUAGACAGCGGUGCUUUCUCUUGGUUGCACCACCUGGAGGUACUGGACCUUGGCCUGAAUGAAAUUGGGCAAGAACUCACAGGCCAGGAAUGGAAAGGUCUAGAAAAUAUUGUUAAAAUCUACCUUUCCUAUAACAAAGACCUACAAUUGACUAGCAAUUCCUUUGCCUUGGUUCCAAGCCUUCAAGGACUGAUGCUCCGAAGAGUGGCCUGUAAAAGUGUGGAUAUCUCCCCGUCACCUUUCUGCCCUCUUCGUAACUUGACCGUUCUGGAUCUCAGUAACAACAAUAUAGCCAACAUAAAGGAGGACACGUUCGAGGGACUUGACAAACUAGAAAUUCUGGAUUUGCAGCACAACAACUUAGCACGGCUCUGGAAGCACGCCAACCCUGGUGGUCCUGUUCAUUUCUUAAAGGGUCUUUCUCACCUCCACAUACUUAACUUAGAGUCUAACGGCUUUGACGAGAUCCCAGAGGAGGUCUUCAAGGACUUGUCUGCAUUAAAGAGCAUUGAUUUAGGAUUGAAUAAUUUAAACAUACUUCCACCAUCUCUGUUUGAUAGUCAGACCUCUCUGAAGUCAUUGAACCUUCAGAAGAAUCUUAUAACAUCAGUUGAGAAGGAUGUUUUCGGACCACCUUUCAAGAAUUUGACUAAUUUAGAUAUGCGCUUUAAUCCGUUUGACUGUACCUGUGAAAGUAUUGCCUGGUUUGUUAACUGGAUUAACGGAACCCGUGCCAACAUCUCCGGUCUACCAGACGAUUAUUUCUGCAACACUCCACCCCAGUAUCAUGGUUUGUCAGUGACAUUCUUUGACAUAUCAGCCUGCAAAGACAGUGCCCCUUUUGAACUCCUGUUCGUAAUCAACACGAGUACCCUGUUGUUUUUUAUCUUCAUUGUACUGCUCGUCCACUUUGAAGGCUGGAGGAUAUCGUUUUAUUGGAAUGUUUCAGUACAUCGAAUUCUUGGUUUCAAAGAGAUAGACAGACAGCCAGAGCAGUUUGAAUUUGCAGCAUAUGUAAUUCAUGCCCAUAAAGAUAGAGAUUGGGUCUGGCAAAACUUCUCCCUCAUGGAAGAAAAAGAUCAAUCUCUCAAAUUUUGUCUGGAAGAAAGGGAUUUUGAGGCAGGUACCCUUGAACUUGAAGCAAUUGUCAACAGCAUCAAAAGAAGCAGAAAAAUUAUUUUUGUUAUAACACAGCAUCUAUUGAAAGAUCCAUUAUGCAAAAGAUUCAAAGUGCACCACGCAGUUCAGCAAGCUAUUGAACAAAACCUGGAUUCCAUUAUAUUGAUCUUUCUUGAGGAGAUUCCAGAUUAUAAACUGAACCAUGCACUUUGUUUGCGAAGAGGAAUGUUUAAAUCCCGAUGCAUCUUGAACUGGCCAGUUCAGAAAGAACGGCUAAGUGCGUAUCGUCAUAAAUUGCAAGUAGCACUUGGAUCCAGAAAUUCAGUACAUUAAAUUUAUUUAAAGAUUAAGUUACAAAGGAGUAACUUUCCAAGUAUAAAAAGUUCCAUGGUAAAUUAGAGUUUUACUUGAAGAUAAUGUAACUCUACUUACUCAUAUUUAUCCGUGGUAGUACCAUAUCAUAAUUCUCUCUCUUCU